AUGGCGACAGUAAUGAAGAUGAGAUUUAAAAGCUGUUUUUUCUUCCUAGUUAUGAUGUAUUCAGGCAAACUCUUUGCAGAAGAUAAACCUUGUGAUUUGCCACAUAUAGAAAAUGGAAAGAUUGCCCAGUACUAUUAUAAUUUCAAAAGUUACUAUUUCCCUAUGCGUAAGGAAAAAAAACUUUCCUACUCUUGUGUGGUUGGUUAUACAACUGAAACUGGGACUCAAGAUGGAAGAAUAACUUGUACAGCAAAAGGAUGGUCUCCGCUGCCACAAUGCUACAAAAAAUGUAACAAGCCUCUUGUGGAAAAUGGCUUUUUUUACAGUACAGAAAUCUAUUUCAAAAUACAUGAGAAACUUCAAUACAAAUGUAAUACAGGCUACUACACUCCAAGCGGUGGUACUGAAGAUACGGUACAGUGUCAGCCAGAAGGAUGGUCCUACCAGCCAAGCUGUACUAAAAAAUUUGAGUCAUGUCGAGUACCCAGUUUACAUCAUGGCAGCUACUUCACGGCCCGACAAGAGCUUCGACUGAAUGAAACACUGGUAUACAAAUGUGAUGAGGGAUAUCAUACUGCAGGAGGAAACACUACAGAAGAAGCAGUGUGUUUAACACAUGGGUGGUCCCUUACUCCAAACUGCACUAAAAUAACUUGCUCCUCUUUGAGUGCAAUAGCACAUGGAGGUUUCUAUCCUGUGAAGAAUAUCUAUGAAGAGGGAGAUGUAGUUCACUUUUUCUGUGAGGAAAAUUAUUCUGUCAGUGAAUUUGACCUAAUUCAAUGUUAUUAUUUCGGAUGGCAUCCAGACCCUCCAGUGUGUGAAGAUGUAAAAAAUAAAUGCCCUCCACCACCACUUCCUCCUCAUGCCCAUGUCAUCACAGUUAGAAGAACACAUCGUAAUGGAGACAAAGUUCGUAUUCAGUGCCAAAGUACAUUUGAAAUAAGAGGAUCUGAGGAAAUCCAGUGUGAAAAAGGAAAAUGGACAUCACCCCCUAUGUGUAUUGGAACUACAGAUAAAUGGGAGUCUGAGGCACCACCACUCGAGGCAGAUGCAGCAAUAAGGGCAAGCAAAACAUAUUGCAAUGAAGGUAUGAAAAUGCAGCAAGACUGUACCUCUCCACCUGUGAUUAAAAAUGGUGAUGUUCUUGGUCCACUAUUGACAAGUUACAAAAACGGUUCCUCAGUAGAAUAUGGUUGUCAGCGUUACCAUUUUUUGGAUGGACCUAGUACCGUUUACUGCAAACAAGGAAACUGGACAGAACAACCAACUUGCUUAAAACCAUGCAUUCUUAAUGUAACUGAUAUGAACACCAACAACAUAGAGUUGAAAUGGAGACAGGAAGAGUUAAUUUUCCUACAUGGUGAUCUCAUAGAGUUUGAAUGUAAACAGGGAUACAACUUUCUUGAGACUACUCUUCCAUCUCCUGGGAGGACACAGUGUAACCACAGCAGACUGAAAUAUCCGAAAUGCAUUAUGCAAGCUGUUAAAGAAAAAUGUGACUCUCCACCUUCUAUUGAGAAUGGAGCUCUUACUCUCCCACCCCUGACCCAGUAUGAUAGUGGUUCUUCAGUUCAGUAUAACUGCUCUGACUAUCAUUUUUUGCAAGGAUCUGAGAGAAUUUACUGUUCUGAAGGACAGUGGACUUCACCUCCAGUUUGUAUAGAGCCAUGUACUUUGUCAAAAAAUGAAAUGGACAAAAAUAAUGUGCUGCUGCAAGGGUUCUAUGAAAAUCAAGUUUACUUUUACCAUGGGGAUUAUGUUGGAUUUUACUGUAAACAAAAUCAUUUUGGAGCAGAAUCUGGUACAACUUUAUUUCAAGUGCAGUGUAAGAGAGGACAGCUGAUGUAUCCAAGGUGUGUUGAAAGAGGAAAAUAA